GAGUGCUGAGCGAGCCGCUGCUGCCGCUCCGCCCGAGCCCCGGCGAGGCGACCGCGGACCGCGGCGGUGGCCAUGGCCCGGGAGCUGGCAGGUCUGGCCGCGGACUUACAGGUCCCGCGGGCCGCGCCCAGCCCGGACUCGGACUCGGACACCGACUCGGAGGACCCGAGUCCGCGGCGCAGCGCGGGAGGCCUGCUGCGCUCGCAGGUCAUCCACAGCGGACACUUCAUGGUGUCGUCGCCGCACAGCGACUCGCUGACCCGGCGGCGCGACCAGGAGGGGCCCGUCGGGCUCUCCGACUUCGGGCCGCGCAGCAUCGACCCCACACUCACUCGCCUCUUCGAAUGCUUGAGCCUGGCGUACAGUGGCAAGCUGGUCUCCCCGAAGUGGAAGAACUUCAAAGGCCUCAAGCUGUUGUGCCGAGACAAGAUCCGCCUGAACAACGCCAUCUGGAGGGCCUGGUACAUCCAGUAUGUGCAGCGGAGGAAGAGCCCCGUGUGUGGUUUCGUGACCCCCCUGCAGGGGCCCGAGGCGGACGAGCACCGGAAGCCGGAGGCCGUCGUCCUGGAGGGAAAUUACUGGAAACGGCGGAUCGAGGUGGUGAUGCGAGAGUACCACAAGUGGCGCAUUUACUACAAGAAGAGGCUCCGGAAGUCCAGCAGGGAAGGGGACCUCCUGGCUCCCAAGCAGCCGGAAACGGGGUGGCCGCCGCGGGAGCGAUGGUGCCAGCAGCUCUUCUCCAGCGUGGUGCCCGUGCUGCUGGGGGGCCCCGAGGAGGAGCCAGGCGGCCGGCAGCUGCUGGACAUCGACAGCUUCUUGUCCGACAUCUCCGACACACUCUUCACCAUGACUCAGCCGGGGCCCUCGCCCCUGCAGCUGCCGCCCGAGGAUGCCUACGUGGGCAAUGCUGACAUGAUCCAACCGGACCUGACGCCCCUACAGCCGAGCCUGGAUGACUUCAUGGAGAUCUCAGAUUUCUUCACCAACUACCGGCCCCCGCAGACGCCCGCACCCCCGAGCAUCCCCGAGCCCCCCAGCUUUGGCCCCAUGGCUGAUUCCCUCUUCAGCAGCGGGGUCCUGGGCCCCGAGGUGCCCCCGGCCUCCACAGGUCCGGCCCAACUCUCAGCACACCACCGCCUGCAGGCUCGGAGCAGCUGCCCUGGCUCCUUGGACCCCAGUGCCUUCCUGAGUUCGGACUUCCUCCUUCCCGAAGACCCCAAGCCCAAACUCCCGCCCCACCCUGCGCCCCCACCUCUCCUGCAAUGCCCCAGCCUCACCAAGGUGCCGGGCCUGGAGCCCUGCCCCCCGGCCCCCUUCCCUGCCAUGGGGCCCUCGCAGGCUGCUUUGCCGCAGGGAGAGUCUGUCUUCCCGCCCAGGUUCCCUUUCCCGACUGCCCCUCCUGCCCCAGGCGUGUCCCCGCUGCCUGCUCCCACCCCCUUCCUGCCCGCCCCCCAGCAGGUACAAGGCCCUGCCCCCACCACUUUCCCCCUGGGCCACCUCCCCGCUGGGUACCCAGAGCCUGCCUUCGGGCCUGGCUUCGCAGUGCCUCAGGGCGUGCGGCCCAGAGGCAAGCCCCCCACCGCAUCCCUUGGGGGGCAGAAAGCCAGCCCCCCGACCCUGGCCCCUGCCACAGCCCGGAGCAACAACCCCUGUCUCACGCAGCUGCUCACUGCAGCCAAACCUGAGCACGCCCUGGAGCCGCCGCUGGCCCCCGGUGCUCUCCUCCGGCCCACGGAGUCCCCCCAGGAGCCCACCCCUGAAUUCUCCUGCGCCUUCUAUGCCCCCGCCCUGGCCCCUACGCCACCCAGGAGACCGCCAGGCCCGGCUGCCCCGGCCGCUCCCAGACCCCUGAUUGUCCCCAAGGUGGAAAGACUCUCGCCCCCGGCACCCAGCGGCAGUGAGCAGCGGCUGUCAGCGGAGCUCAGCUCCGCGCCCUGCCCGGCGGCCCUGAGCCUGCGAGCCUCUCCUGCUCAACCCAUCCAGAGCCGCGGCCGUCCAGACAACAAGACCGAGAGCCGGCGCAUCACACACAUCUCUGCGGAGCAGAAGCGGCGCUUCAACAUAAAGCUGGGGUUCGACACCCUUCACGGCCUUGUGAGCACGCUCAGCGCCCAGCCCAGCAUCAAGGUGAGCAAGGCCACCACGCUCCAGAAGACGGCCGAAUACAUCGUCAUGCUGCAGCAGGAGCGCGCGGCCAUGCAGGAGGAGGCCCAGCAGCUGCGCGACGAGAUCGAAGAGCUCAACGCCGCCAUCAACCUGUGCCAGCAGCAGCUGCCCGCCACCGGGGUGCCCAUCACGCACCAGCGUUUCGACCAGAUGCGAGACAUGUUCGAUGACUACGUGCGGACGCGCACGCUGCACAACUGGAAGUUCUGGGUGUUCAGCAUCCUCAUCCGACCCCUGUUCGAGUCCUUCAACGGCAUGGUGUCCACGGCCAGCCUGCACAGCCUCCGCCAGACCUCGCUGGCCUGGCUGGACCAGUACUGCUCCCUGCCGGCUCUCCGGCCAACCGUGUUGAACUCCCUACGCCAGCUGAGCACGACCACCAGUAUCCUGACCGACCCGGGCCGCGUACCUGAGCAAGCCACGCGGGCAGUCACAGAGGGCACCCUUGGCAAACCGCUGUAGUCCCGGCCAGACCCGGCUGCCCUGGGGCUGCCUUCCCCGGGCAUGCGCUCCCCUGCUGCCCCAGGCCCUGGCUCUGCCCCUCCCCUGAGGAUGGAUUGAGCCAGGCCCCCCGAGUCUCAUACUGUGCGCCUCCGAAGUGGGCCUCUGUCUUCCAAUCUACCAAAAUGGACACACGGAGGCUUCCAGCAGCCGACAUCCCCAAGGCCUUAGCAACAACCAUGACAUUAGCACCUACACUGGUGACUCUGGGAGUUCAAAGGCGGAAGAGGUCAACCCCACCUGCUCCCUGACAGUGGGGCACGGUGUGGGGGGCUGGGGAGGGCCCCUGGGGUGAAGCCAGAAAGACCUGACCCUGGGAGAGACCAGGGCAGGCAUCGCAUGUGUGUGUGUGUGCGCAUGUGUGAGUGUGUUUUGUAAAGAAUUCUUAACCAAUAAAAGCAAAAACCGCCUUGCCA